AUGAGCGGCGGUUUCUACAAGUACCGCUGCAAAAACUUCUAUACCUACAAUUGUCAGAACUGGGUGUAUAUGAAUAACGCAGCAUGUUCCAGCUGCACCGCAGAUGGGCGAGACGAGACUAAAGCUCCGGCCUGGAGAGUCUCGAGAGACAUCUGCGUCCCUCGCGCUGAAGGGGGUGUCCUGUAUUACACCCUCAUGGAGGUUGUCGCCACGGGCGAGGCUGGCCCGAACUACUGGCAACUUCGAUACAAGGCCAACCAGCAGCCCCAAGCUUCGGUCGUCGUCACGACCAGUGCCACUCCUGGGGUGGCGAUCCCAGCUACUACGACCCACUGA